AGAUAUGCCAUCAAACGGCCAGCGCAAGCACACUAUCUCUACGAAGGUGAGGAAGCGUCCUGGCAAGGACCUGGAUCAGAUACAUGAGGAUCUCAAACCUAACAAAGCAGCAAAGCUGCUGAACCAAGAAAUCGAUCUGGACCUUCCUGGAGAUGGACAGUUCUACUGUAUCGAGUGUGAUCGGUAUUUCAUAGAUGAAAAGACUAGGGCAGAACAUCGGAAGUAUAAGCUGCACAAAAAUCGACUGCGAGCUCUCAAAGAGGUACCAUACACAAUGAAGGAGGCGGAGGCUGCUGCUGGACAUGGGCAUUACCAACAUGUAACAAAAACUUCAAAAGUAACAUCAGAUGUUGUCAUGGAGAGUACUGAAAAAGUUGAAGAUGCAGAUAAGACAGUGCAAGAUACUUAGCACAUCGUGAAUCAUUCUGUUGAUUUAUUUCGUUGUUAUGCACUUGUUGUCUGUUUGAAGAAUUUUUAUAAAAACUAUGAGGACAUGUU